AGAAUGGAUACCUUAUAAUAAAUUUAAAAACGUUGAUUAUGUGGCGAAGGGUGGUUAUGGUACGAUAUAUUCUGCUAAAUGGUCGGAUGGUCAUAUUCUGGGGUGGGAUAAGAAUCUCAAUCGAUGGAAACGUUAUGGAACCGAUCUUGUUGCGCUUAAACGUAUACAUAAUUCUCAAUUUGUCACAAUGGAAUUUCUUGAUCAGAUCGUAAAGACUCAUUUACAAUUACAUGAUAGUAAUAUGAUUAUUCAAUACUAUGGUAUGACGCGUUAUCCAGAAACUGAUGAUUAUAUGAUAGUGAUGGAAUACGCGAUUCAAGGAAGUGUUAGAUCUUAUCUAAACGGAAGAUUUAAUACGAUGGAUUGGUACGGCAAAAUAAAUAUACUUUCGAGCAUAGUACAAGGGUUAGAGUAUAUACAUAGUUCAGGUUAUGUGCAUUAUAAUUUUCAUGUGGGAAAUGUAUUAAUAACGGGGACGGGUGAAACUCUUAUUACCGAUAUAGGUAUUAAAAAACCAACUAUCAAAUUUACUUCAGUAUUAAGAGAUAAGGAAGAAAUUUAUGGUGUAUUACCGUAUUUAGCUCCUGAAGUAUUAUAUUCCAAAAGAUUUACAAGUGCGAGUGAUAUUUAUUCUUUUGGCGUAAUGAUGAAUGAAAUUAUAUCAGGUCUACCUCCUUUUAAUAGUGUUGCACAUGAUGAUCAUCUAGCCGCUGAAAUUUGUUUUGGAAAAAGACCAGAAAUUCCGAUGCAUACUCCAAAAUUAUUAGAAGAUUUAAUUAAAAGAUGUUGGGAUAUGAACCCUUCUAGCAGACCUUCUGCCAAGGAAUUAAAAGAUUUAAUAACUCAAUGGUGGAAUGAUAUACAAAAUGAUAAAGAGACCGAAAUUCACGCUCAAUGUAAAGCAAGUGAUGAAGUAUCUAGAAAUUCUACCUUCACUCCUACUCCUCUUCUUUAUGUUAGUCAUCCUGAAGCUGUUUAUCAUAGUAGAUUAUUAGAAUUUAAUAAUUUACCUAAACCAAACAAAGCUAACAGAAGAUCAAAACUACCGAGUUCCUUGCCUUAUUCAGAAUCUCGACAAAUUGAUUCAGUUGCUUCAGAAUAUCAGGACGAAGAUCCAAGUGAUGAGACUGUUUCCUGUAUUUGUCCAUUCAAUAAUAUCGUUAAUUGGAUAAAUUCUUUUUAUAAAAAGCAUAAAAUUAAAAAAUAAUUUUUUUUAGUAAUUAUUACAGUUCUUUUAGCAUGUAUAAAUACUAUAUUACUUUUUACCAC